GAGGAAGGGGAAUGGAAAAAACAAAGCAAACACAACAAACAAGGUUUUUUAAAAAUCGAAACGGAAAAACAUUCGGAAAUUGGUCGUCGCUCGUGACAGUUGAUAAAAUCUGCAGCAGCUCGGGUAUAAAAAUAAUUAUCCUGGGGGUUUAAAUUAAAGAGGGAAAAGUCAAGUGGAAAUUAAUUGCAAAAUUUGUGAGUGAUUGUGAAAGGUGAAUCAGCUGUGGGACAAAAAAUUCAUUGAUAUUCUGGAACCUUCUCGUUGGUUUUGGAUCUUUUUUAAGCGAAUUGACCCCGAGCGGAGCUUCAUCAACGACCUCAAACAAAGAACAAAGAAAGCGCAACUGCAAUUGCCAUAAAGCCAUAUAUCCAUAUAUAACUGGCUUUAACCAGUGGUAACCAACAAAGUCGCUUUUGGUCAAAACCAGUUGCUACAGCUGCCUAACGUCGCAUUUCCGCUAGAAAAGCAGACAGCAAAAAGUUAGCAACGAACAUGGAUGCCCAGGAAAAGAGGAGCGGACAAUCCGGCGGCCAGGAUGAACUGGAGGAGCGGCGAAUCCGGACGGAUAGCGAGAGUUCCGUGGACAGCAUGACGCGCUUUGUGCUGCCCAGCUUGGAUGGCACCCCGCCGAAGAUCGUCACCCUGGACGAGGUGUCCAGCAUGUUCAAGAACCUGCGGAACAUGGAGCUGGCCCACGAGAUAGCCCUCAAUCCGGAGUUCAAGCUGCAGAAGUACGAACCGCCUUCGGAUAGCUUGGAAGGAUCCAUCAAGAAAAUGGUGCACAAGGCUUUCUGGGAUCUGCUGCGCCAACAAUUGGAACGCCAGCCGCCUUCAUACGACCAGGCCAUCCGACUGCUGGCCGAGAUCAAGGAGAUGUUCCCCCAGCUGCUGUCGCCCAACAAUGAACGUGCUUUGUCCCACAUCAACGAGGUGCUGGAUGAUGCCGUAAUCCGUCAGCAGGCGGAGCGUGGAACCCUUGACUUUCGGUCGUAUGCCAACUUUGUGAUCAACAUCCUGUCGCGAUCCUGUUCGCCGGCCAGGGACGAUGCGGUGGCUGCUCUGCGGGAGAUCGACGACGUGGUGGACACGUUCCGCAGCAUCCUUGAGCUGAUGACUCUGAUGAAGCUGGAUAUGGCCAACUUUAUGCUGGCUCUGGCGCGCACCGAAAUCGCCGCCAAUUCCGUGCAGUACGAGAAGGAGAAGUUUAGCAAGUACCUCCGCGAGUUCCAUGGAAAUGCUGGUUUUCCGGCCACUGAGGACUGGCUGCAGCGUCAUCGUUCCGGCACCAACAUGGAUGAGACCAUUUACAAUGCCUAUAUGCAGCUGAUUGACUAUCCGGCGGACAAGGAGUUUCCGGAACUGUUGCGCAUCGACAAGGAGCGAUUUGCCGGCCUGAGUUGGCGUGCCCAACGUUUGAUUUUGUGCGCCUCGCUCAUCUCCAUUGCCCAGAGCACGCCCAUCAUUUCCCAACGACGCGAGAAUCGCAUCAAGCUGUCCCAGCAGCUGGACAUCAUUGUGCAGGAUGUCAAGAACCAGGACCAAGUAGCCACUGCCAUUGAAAGCUGCUACGAGCAAAUCCGCUCUUUUGUUAACAAGGCCCUGGAGCAGGAGAACAUGCCGGCGAUGAGUGAUGCCGACCAGGCGGCGCUCAAGAACCAGGUGCUCAAGCUGGCCAACAAGGCUUCUCCAGUGCCCAGUUUGAUGGCCAAGCGGUUGGAUGGCUAUGUCCGCGUGACCCUGCGCUCCAAUGGCAGCAUUCCGCCGCCGCCUGCAGGAUUCGUGGAUUUCCAGGAGGAGCUGGUUGCAUUUAUCGCCUCAUUUCGGCGCCUUGUGUCCUACAACCAUGCCGUGUUCGGGGAGCACUUCCACCAGAUCCUCAAUAAGACAAUGUCCGAGGGAUCCCAGGCGAACGAGGAGGCUACGCCAAGCGGGAGUGGGGUGACCGCUGGACAGGCUCAGACUGCCAAACCCUAAGGAGGAAGGAGAUGAUACGCGUCUUAGGCAAUACACAAUAUUAGCAUACAACACUCAGAUACACCUGUGAGCAAAGGGACGAUGGAGGAGAUCUGAUGUUGAGGCAACUGGAGUGGCGGACAGCAUCUCCCUGGAAAAGGAAGCGAGCACAUUCAACGUUUCUCCCAAUUUCGCUGAUGAUUUUUCAUGUGACACUUGCGUAGAAAUUUUGACGCACACCCGUAACCACCAAGAAGAACUCAAAAAAAAAACCGAAGGAAAGCCAUUAUAUCCCACCUGGAAAACAAAAGGGAUUUCAUUUGCGGCGACUAAACGAAGAAAAAGGACUGUGCUGGGGCGUCUGUGAUAACAAGAAUAUUCAAGUUAUAGAUAAAACCCUUUUGUGGGGCUUACCAAAGCGGACUCUUUUGUGUGUGCUCCUCAUUUAAUUCUGAUCAGCUGCAGAUCGGCUAUCGACCAAUCAUAUUUUUAACCCUCUACAUGAAUACUUACAAUAAAUAUAUAUAGAUUAUAUACAUGUGAACCCUAUCCCUUGAACUAAUCCCUUAUUUUAGACACCUGUAACUCUUACGAUUGUAACCCUAAUUGCGUUUAGUUUAAUGGUUCUAUUGAUCAGUAGGGAUCGUGCAAAAGUGAAAGGCAACUGGCGUGCAUAAGAUAUAAAUUUAUCUAGUUUACCGAUAAUCAAAAUAAAGAAAAAAAAAUAUUUAAA